AUGGCUGUAAUGUACAGGAUCGCAGCCCCUAUGACAUGCCUGCGCAAUUUUGUCCUGCUGCAUGGGUCCACAGUUUCCCACAUGUGCUCAGCACCCUUCCAGCAGGCACCAGGAGAUGAGGUGGCAGAGUAUGACAUCGUUAUGGAGGUGGACACAGAGGAGCUGACAGAGAACGCUUACAAGGUCGGCAAGUUUGCCGGCAAUGUCACGCUGCUUGUGGAAGCUCAGGAGGAAGGCAUCAUGCACAGCCACCUGGUACCGGAGGGGAAGCAGGUGAAAGUGGGGACACCAGUGGCGCUGAUGGCUGAGCAGCGCGAGUCACUGCCAGAACUGGAUGGGUUCAAACCGCCAGAGGAUGUGUACGCGGAGAAAGAAGCAGUGAGGACGCUGAUCUGGCAGUCCUUCCUCAAGUCCCUGCACCUUGUUGUGGAAGCUCCCAUCCGCUAUAAUUGCCCAGCCGAUGAGGGCCGCAGGAACUUCCUGGUGGUGCCUUACAGCAGCCCAGAGUUUGUAGAGGAUGGUAACGUGGCAGAGGUGGAGAGAGACAUUGAUCUCUUCUUCCAAGGCCAUUGUUCAGAUCACUUGCUGGCGCUGGCCAUCCGGAAAUUCACUGCAGAGUAUCUGGAAGGCCUCCAUGCUCCUGGCGUGCAAGUGGCCUGCGACAAAUCUAACUCGCACAAGGAGCUCCGAGGAACUCUGAGGCGGUCAAAGUUCUGCCUGGUAAUUGCUGGGGAGACUGCCAGCACCAGGCGACUGACAGAUGUCAUGCUGGCUGGAUGCAUCCCAGUGUUCUUAGGCCCACCAUGGCACUCCCUGCCGCUGGCACAGUGGGUGGAUUAUUCAUCGUUUGCCAUCUUUGUGGAGCUGGCUGCCUACAGGCAAGCACAAAUCUGA